AUGUGGAAGAAAGAAGUGAGUGUUGAAUAUGACAAAGCUAACUUAUAGGUAACAAAAAAUAAAAAAGAUGAGUUUUUGUAGUUGCAGUGGAACUUCUGUAUAAGGAAUUGCUCAAGGAUUUUAAAAUUGCCGUUACACAGGAUUUUUUGUUUUACAGAAGUUCCACUGUACUUUUAAUAGUGUCAAAUAAAACUCUUGUCGUUUUUGGACGUGCAAGAUCACGUGCUUUGACCAGUGUUUUGCCGGACCGAACCAAAAGAAAAUAGAGCCGGACCGGACCGGACCGAAAAUUUUCCGGACCUGACCGGACCGAAAAAACACUGGUUUUGACGACAAGACUUUUUUGGCAAUAUAACAUGUUUUUUAUUUUGACAGUGAUUUUUAAAAAUUAUUAUAAAAAACCAUUUUUCAUUAUACUAUAACAAUACUGUGAUUGUAUGAUAUUGUACUGCAUCAAAAAGUUUACUUUAGCACUAAUUUUUAACAUAUAUACACGUUUAUAACACCAUUUUUACUCUAUUACAUCAACAUUCUCUACGUUUUCAACCCCCAACCAAAGCCGCAGAGUCUUUGGAAACCGCGUAUGUAUGGUGUAUAUAUGUGAAUGCGAGUAAAUAGUCCUAUAAUGUGAAUUGAGAGUAAUUACCUGACUGGAAUCUUCAUUCGCCGCCAUAUCAGUCCCGGGGCCCUAUUAGCGGAUUAGUUUCCUAUUCUUUUUACUAAAGUUAUAGAGUAGGUAGAAAGGGUAUUUUCUCCAUAUCUACAUUAUUUACAUUCGUAUGAUAGUGUGGGCUUGAUGUGUAUGUUUGAUGUCUUGUACGUGAGGUUUUUAAAGUUUGUGGAGGCUGCAUGUGUAUCUUAAAAGUUUUAGCUGAAUAAACUGUUAUAUGUAAUGUAAAACAGUAGGUUAGGCUUAGAAACUGAUAGUUUAAGGCUUUAAAUAUCAAUAAAUUAAAUUGAAGUAUAUGUUUUUUUAAAUUUAGGGCCAAAGGGCAUCAUUUCAGCUACUGAACACUACUUUUUCAAGAACCAAAACCGUCAAAAAUUUGAAUAAAAAAACAUUUUUUUUAGUUUACUCGGUAAACUUUACAUUUCUCACCCUCUAUCAUUCCCAACCAAUAGUCAAUACUAUUUUACUGUGUUUUGAAAUUUGCACUCAUUAUUCGAAUAAUGUAGUCUCGUGAAUUUGAAGCCGAUACCAGCCCACUCGACCACCAUUUUGAAAAGAGUCGUUGGUUUUUUGCUCAAUUUUCAACUCUUUACCAACAUACAAUUUCGAGUUUUGUGCUGGCCAAUGUUGGGUUUUUUUGAAAUUUAGUGUUUUUCAAAAAUAUUUUUGUUGUUUUACAUGUAGUUUAUUGAUUGUGGUGAAGUUUUAUAUGUAUGACAUUGUUUUAGGCGCAAAAUAAAGCUUCUUGCCAAGUUCUAAAACAUGUUAUCUUAUUCUACCCCUUACAAUAACCUACUAAACAAAAAUGUUCAGAAAACGAAAUAUUUGGCUAGAUAAAAUCGAUUUUUGAAAAGUUGGCUAACAGGGAAAGUAGCCGAUCUGCCUCACUUAAAAAUAUGUAGCUCGUUUUUAUAUAACUUUUUUGUACUACCAAUAGUACCCAUAGAAAAUUUUAGCAUACGCUUUUGAGUUUUAAAAUUCAAAUAUUUGAGUUUCCCGCCAAGUUGGCAAAUUUGGCUUUGUGUGUCAAGCACUUUUAUCAACUUUCCGGGCAAGCUACGCUUACAAAUUUAAAAAUAAAGGUUCAUUUAAAGGUUUUCCAGCAGUAUGACAAAGAAAAAAGUGUAAAAGUCAUAAAAUGACAAAGAUAUAAGCUUGAAACACAAUGCCAAUUUGGCUGAAAGUUAAAAACAAUAUUUUUUAAUCGCGAUUUUUUCGCAAUUGGCUGAUUUAGUACUUUUCGGGAGGGGUAGUACAUGAUCUUCCUAUAUAAAAAGUUUGAAGUCAAGGAUUCAUAUGCUACAAUAUUUCAAUGUUAACAUAGAUUUACUUUACUCUAUCGCGAUUCCCAUCAUAAAGUUAUUGGAACUAGCUUUUUUACUCUUUAGUAAAGUUUUUUCAUGUUACAAAACCUAUUUGCAGAAGGAAUACGCGACACCAAAAAUUGCAUCCGCAUUGGCACCACACAGCGGCAGGCCGCCAUGGCGGUCCCUAAUCCCCAUUCUUACAUUGUUAUUGCUCAAAACACAAGCUCAAGUACAAAUCCAGAGUGCUUUCUACCUGGAUUCGGCUGUAAUUCCUUCCGCUUCAGGUUAUAUCGACUUUUGCAUAUCGAAAAUUCAACAAAAUGGUCUUCUUAAGAGUUUUUCGUUACAGUAAGUCAAAAAAGGUUAUGUUACAGUAAUCCAAGCUGCGGUAAAAGUGCAAAAAAAUUAAAAUAUAUUUUAAAUCUAUACGUUCAUUAUCUCGAACAGAGAAAUGGUGAAAUUUUUUUUGUAAACCUCAAUUUUGUCUUACCUACACGCAGCUAGCUCCCUCGUAUAACUUGUCUCUUUCCACUUUAUUCAACAAAAACACAAAUAAAAUAAAUGUUUUCAGGAAAAAUGUUGUUGAAGAAGGUUCGUGUAGUCAAGAACAAGGCUCAGCACCUAUAGCUGCUGGCAUUUUAAACGAUUAUUACACAAAUGGCAAGAAAUAUAAUGUUCUGUUUGGGCCAAUGUGUGAUACAGGUAACAUUUGAUCGUUUUUCUGUAUUUUAGGCAUGAGAUUGUCAGAAAAUGAAUUAUAAAAUACCUAUAUGAAGAUAUUAAAGCGUUUUAAAGUUACUAAAUUUUGUUUUGAAGAUUUUUCUGUUUUAGGUAACAAAAGCUUUUAACUGUUACCUAAAUUAUUGCUUUUGUUACCUAAACUUACGAUUUUUCAUAAAUUGCUAUAGAUAUGGGUAUAAAAUGUCAAAAAGAUGCAAAACAACAUCUUCAAUACCUAAAAUUUAUAUUUUUAGAAAUAGACAUAAUGGCCAGAAGUUCAGUGGGUAUGAACAUGAUUCAGAUGGACUUUUGGCGGGAUGUACGAGCGCCUCCAGACGAGACAUUCGUAAUCAACGUUUCUCCAGAUUCUGCCGAGAAUACUGGGUUGAAUGCGAUUGCUAUGAUGCAGAUGUUGGAUUGGUUCAAGGUAAAUUUGGCUGCUUAUAUUGAUAUAGGCUGAAUAAUACGGAAAUCGUUUGGUUUUGUUUUAUUGCGAUGUUGUUGAAGGUAUUUCAUAAACUUUUAUGAAAAAAAGGCUUCUAUUAAAGUUUUGAACUAGUGAAGAAUGUUAUUUUAGCCAAGCAAACAACUAAUUUAUACAAUUAAUAUUGUUUUAGAUUGGAGUAGUGUCAUGUUCCUUAUGUUAUGGUUCAUUUUCUUCGAAGUUUGGUCAUUACGAGAAUCUUCAUCCGUUUGUAGCUGAACUCAAGCGAACGUUGGUUGAUAAUGGAGCAGAUAUACAAUAUGAAAAUGACAUUACGCCAGAGUUUCUUCACACACCAACAAUGGCGCUGAAUGUUGAACAACUUACGACCAAAUCAAGAAGUAAUCUUGGAAAUUUUGAGUUUUUGAAAUAUUAGGUUGUUCAAAACACUCUGUGCCUCUACUCAAAGAAAACUUUCGAGGUUAAGAGGCACAGAAUUAUGUGAACAACUUAAUAUGUUAGUUUUAAACCUUACUUACGACAUUUUCAGUUAAUAUAUUGGCAGUAAAUUUAAAAUUUUUGAAAUUUUGAAGCAGUUUUCUACAAUAUUGUUUUAGUCUUGUUUCCGAUUCUUGGAAAUGAUCUGGCUAAUUACAUGGACUUCAUGAAGGCGUUCAAUGAAAUGACUUUGGCCAGGGAAGAGUUUGCUGUUAUCAUCGUACUGCAAACCGAUCCAGUAUCAUUGCCAUGGAUGGUGAAUGGAAAUGUCAAUACUACCAUCUUUGGCUGGUUCGAACAGGCUUUAAUUGUAAGGUUUUUUAAGGUUGAUCUACAUUACGUUAUGAUGAGUACGACUCAUUUCAUAUUAUGAUAAAAACGAUGUGAACAAGUCAUUUUAAGCAAGAGUAAUAUUUUUUUUAAGAUUUACUAUUACUUUUUGAAUUUUUAAUAACAUUAAGAUAAAUUCUUUAAUAUAGAUUUUGCAUGUUUAAUGAAACUGAUUUUUUUGUUUUUCAGAUAGUAAAUGACUAUAAUCAAAAGGAACUUGAACAGGCUUUUAGUACAGAAGCAGGUCUCAGUGGUGAUCAGGUAAUCCUCUUUUCAAAGUUAAACUUUUAAAGCCAAAAAAUUAACUUGAAAUUUCAAAAUUGUUUGAGCAAUGAAUAAUAUCGUAAAAUGUUUCAUUGUUUUAGCAAAGCAUAAAUGUUCAACUACGAUUCUACGAGGCCAUUUAUACCUAUUCAGCACUUUUGGAUAAAGGUUUGAAGGAAAAAGGUCCGAACAGUUAUGCCAAUGCUUCAGUCACUGGUGAUUUAUUGGAUGACUUUAAUAUUACUGGUAAGGAUUUAGUUUUGUAUUUUUAAAGCACGUAUAUAAUAAUAUGUGGUUUAUAUAUUUCACCAUAAAUCUAUACGUAUUUUACAAAGAAACUUAUUAAGACCAGCUUAAUUCUAAGUCUAAAAUUAUUAUCUAAAAGAUAAAAAAUUUGUUUCAGGCCCAUUUGGACCCAUCGUCUUUAACAGUAAAGGGACGAGGUUAAGGCCAUUUAAAGUUUAUAUGGUUGCCAAUGAAACGGACAAUCCUACGAAGCCAAGGAUGACUGAAAUUAUGACAAUUCAACUACUUCAUGCUUGUGCAACGAACGAAGACAAUGUUGAUGGCAGUGUUGUUGUUACUGACGACAUGGAUUGUUUUAAGUUGGUAUGUAAUAAAAAGGUUUUUGAGAGAUUUUUAGGUACAAAAGUCUAAAUUGUAAAUUGAAAAAAAUUUUUGAUGCAAAAAGAAUGGCGUGUUUUAUUUUUUUAUGUUAUAAGUGUCGUUUUGAUUUCAGAAUCUGAAUUUUGGUACUAAAAUGAUUGAAAUUUAUUAUUAUAUUAGGUUGUUCAAAUAAUUCUGUACCUUUUUUUAAGGCAAAUUUUUGGGCUUUGGAGGCCCAUGAUGAUUUGAACAACCUAAUAUUAUGUUUUGUGUUAUAGUUUUACUGUUUCAGGACGUGGAUUUACUAGAAGAACGACGUUAUUUAUUGAAUCUGUUACCACCAGAUAUGCCAUCAUGUGGGUUUGAUGGCAAAGAUUGUGACCAACGUGGAACUAUUUUAAUUUUAAUAGCUAUUAUGACUGCGAUUUGCUGUGCAUUCAUGGGAUUCUUGUGUGUUAGGAGAAUGUAAGGACUAUUUUUUACUUUAAAAUAUGAUUUAUGUUGUUAUAGGUUGUUAAACAAUGUAAAAUAAUUUUUUUCUUUAUUAUUUGGAUUUAAAAUAGAUAAACAUAUAUGUCAGCUAUUUUUAAAUUUAGCCAUUUUAAAUUUGGAGUUUACAAAGUUUAUUUAACCCAGUUUUAGUUUUUUAAAUUUUAAUAAUUUAACGCAAAAUUUAAAAUUUCCACAUUAUUUUUAAAAAAAACUGACAUUUCAGGAAAACCGGAGAAACAGCACGAAUGCCGUGGGCCGUGCAAUCAUCCAGCAUAACUUUUUUAGACAUACCGUAUACUCGACAGUCCGUUUCGGUAAGUUACAGUAUCUUUUCUAGUGUUUUGUUUUUAGAAAUUCGAAGAUUUGGAGAUUCACAGUGUCAGUUCGGCUCGAGGAGAGAAUGGAAAUCCGUUUGAAGAUGAACAAACGAUAAAUGCUGGCAGAGAACGGCACGUUGGGUCAGUUGGGCAAGCAUUUGUUAUUGUUGAGGGGUACAAGUUGAAGGAAAAGAUCAUGUUUGACAAGAGGGACAUGCACAUGCUGUUUCAGGUAGGUUUUUGAGAGGAAAUGAGCUUAAAACUAUCAAAUUAAGGGCAGUUUACCUCAAGGUGAAGAUUUGUAAAAUACGAAGUUUCGUUUUAUUGCUUUCUAUAUUAAUUUUAUAUGUUUACUUUACUUAUUGUCAUUUUGUAACCUUGCUAAUAUAGUUGAUGUAAAUCGUGUUUCAGAUGAAGCAAAUAAUGCAUGACAAUGUAAACACUUUUAUUGGUCUGAGUAUGGAUCGUCCAUCUGACUUUUAUGUGGUUUGGAAACACUGUCUACGUGGUACUGUAACAGAUAUCAUAGCUAACAGUAACGCCGGUCAUUUACCGAAGUUUGAUCGAGAUUUUCAGUCGGCUUUUGUUAGGGAUAUUAUUAGGGUAAGUUUGUGAUUUUUUGCUAUUUUGCUUGAUUUUUAGAGUAAACGUUAUAAAUUGUGGUUUACAUUGGUAUACCUGGUCGGGCAAUCUUUAUAAGGCAGCAAUAUAUAAAAAUUUUUUAGGGCUUAGACUACAUUCAUUCAUCAGUAAUAGGCUAUCACGGAGGUCUAACAGCAGAGCAAUGUUUAAUCGAUUCUCAUUGGAUUUUAAAAAUCUCCGGCUUCGGUCUACCUCGUAUGUUACAUCGAUGGCGAAACACUGGAAUGUUAGCUGGUCGAAAUGGAGCCCCAAUGAUUCCAAAUUCAGAGCUACAUUACUAUUCUCCAGAAGCACGAAGAGCGAUAAAGCUGGCAGUUCAGAAGAACAAACCAGAAGACUUGGAGUACCCAGUAAAAGAAGGUCAAUCUCAUGAUAUAUACGCGUUUGCUUGUAUAUUACAUGAGAUAUUGUACAAUAGGAAGAUUGUGGACUUGGAGGACGAAGUGGACACGAUAGCUGACGCUGAUGAUGAAUUGGGGAUUUUCAACGAAGCGGCGGAGGCAAAACUACCAGAUUGUCCAACUUUCCCAUCUGAUGUUGAUAUCCAUCCGGAUCUGGUGAAUCUAAUGAAGAAAUGUUUCAAUAAUAAAGGAGAACAAAGGCCUGAUGCUAAUAUGUGCAGGAAGAUUACUGAUGCUACAUUAAAAACGUGGGUUUUGAGGAAUUUAAAGUUUAAACCUAAAUUUUAGUGAUUUUUUUGGAAUUAUGGAUAAUAUUUUUGAAAAAUGAAGGUUCUAGAGAACAUUUAACUCUAAGUUGUAGCUAAAAUUUGUCUAUAGAAUACCUAUUUUUUAUAAAAGAACUUUGAAAGCUUUGUCUAUUUAUUUAUAUUGUCCUUAUUUUAGGCCCGGCUCUUUGGUAGAUCAAAUGAUGAAAAACACUGAAAAUUACACGAAUAAUUUGGAGAAUUUGGUCAGUGAACGAACAGGACAACUUCAAAUCGAACAACAGAGAUCAGACGAAAUUCUUCAAGAAUUGCUACCACGCUCAGUAAUCACAGAACUAAAGUUGGGCAAGAGUGUAGCACCCAAACUGUACAAAGCAGCGACGAUCAUGUACUCGGAUAUUGUUGGUUUUACAUCGUUGUGUUCACAAAGUCAGCCGAUGGAAGUUGUAAACCUGUUGAAUGGAAUGUUCACAGCUUUUGACAAUGUAAUUGGACAACAUAAAUGUUAUAAGGUAGAGACUAUUGGCGAUGCCUAUAUGGUGGCAUCUGGAGUGCCAGAGAAGCUGAGGAAUGAACAUGUCAGGGAGAUUGCGUAUACUGCGAUCAAACAGAGACAGGUGGGUUGAGUGAUGAUUUUGUUUUAGGAAUUGUGGAAAAUUAAAUGGCAAGGAAAAAAAUAGAAUGAGAUGAUACAUUUUUUGGACAAAACUUAAAAUUUCUGAUUUGAUUUUGAAAUUUUUUGCUGAAAUUAUGAAAAAAUAUAACAAUUUUAAUAGCUUUUAUAGGAUUUCAGGGGAAAAAAAUAAUAGCUAGUGUAAUAUUAACCUUGUUUUACAUUAAAAACGUACUUUCAGUUCCUAUUCGGCUACGAAAUCCCACAUAGGCCGGGGCAACAUCUCCACUGUCGUUGGGGUUUCAAUUCAGGAAGUGUUUUCACUGGAGUGGUGGGUGUGACAGCUCCACGGUAUUGUGUGUUUGGUGGAACGGUAAGAAUUGUUGAAACUAAAAGUUUUUUUUCUGUUUUAAGAUUUUACAGUAAAAUUUUUAAAAAAUGGUAUUUUAGACAAAAAAAAAUUAUUUUUAUUUUACUUGAAUUUCAGGUAACAUUAGCAGCAAAGAUGGAGAAUUCCGGACAACAGGAUAAAAUUCAAAUGACCUUAAAGAGCCAGCAACUUUUGACAGAACGGUACCCUGAAUUCAGAACAACACCCAGAGGUGGUGUCAAGUUAGAUGUAAGUUAACAACUUUUUGUUUUUAAAUUGGAAAACAAUGUAAAAUACACAAGUAUGAAAGUAGGAAAAUUUAAAACUAUCGAAAUUCAGGGCGUGGGAACACUGUUAACUUACUGGUUGGAUGGGUAUGAUGAAGAUCUGAUAAGUGGUCGUGUUGAAGUUGAUCAUCAUGAUGAUGACGAUGUUGUUACUGAUGCAAUACCAGAAGAUGCGCGAGCUACUGAUAUUGAACAUUAG